UUGAUAAGGCAGGCACAGUUCUUCCAGACAGGCCUUUUUCUUUUUGAGCUCUAGCUUUGGUUUCUGUAGCAGUUGUGUUUUUUGCCUUGAAAGAGGUGCUCUGGAUUAUCAGACCUCCAUGUAUGACAAUUUGUACCUGCAUGGAAUUGAAGACUCGGAGGCUGAAGAAUAAUGUGAUGUGUUACCCAAGAUGGUGUGAACAGAGCUUCAAGCCAAUGGAGAAGACUAGGCCUAAAUAGCUGACCCGGUGAAGUGACAAUAAAGCCACACCUGGAGUGCCACAUCCUCAGCAGUCUUUCUCAGUGCCAAUGCAUUUAUGGCUGGCUCAGCAGAUUCCUACACAAGCAGGCCAUCUGACUCUGAUGUCUCUUUGGAAGAGGACCGGGAAGCGAUUCGGCAAGAGAGAGAACAGCAGGCAGCGAUCCAGCUUGAAAGAGCAAAGUCCAAGCCUGUAGCAUUUGCUGUGAAGACAAACGUGAGCUACUGUGGUGCCCUGGACGAGGAUGUGCCUGUUCCAAGCACAGCCAUCUCCUUUGAUGCUAAGGACUUCCUGCAUAUUAAAGAGAAAUAUAACAAUGAUUGGUGGAUAGGAAGGCUGGUCAAAGAGGGCUGUGAGAUUGGUUUCAUCCCAAGUCCACUCAGGUUGGAAAAUAUACGGAUUCAGCAAGAACAAAAAAGAGGACGUUUUCACGGAGGGAAAUCAAGUGGAAAUUCUUCUUCAAGUCUUGGAGAAAUGGUAUCAGGGACAUUUCGAGCAACCCCCACAUCAACAGCAAAACAGAAGCAAAAAGUGACGGAGCACAUUCCUCCUUACGAUGUUGUGCCAUCGAUGCGUCCAGUGGUGUUAGUGGGGCCGUCACUGAAAGGUUAUGAGGUAACAGACAUGAUGCAGAAAGCCCUCUUUGAUUUCCUGAAGCACAGGUUUGAUGGGAGGAUAUCAAUAACAAGAGUGACAGCUGACAUUUCUCUUGCUAAGAGGUCUGUCCUAAAUAAUCCCAGCAAGAGAGCAAUAAUUGAACGUUCGAACACCCGGUCCAGCUUAGCGGAAGUACAAAGUGAAAUUGAAAGAAUCUUUGAGUUGGCACGAUCUUUACAACUGGUGGUUCUUGAUGCAGACACCAUCAAUCACCCGGCACAACUUAUAAAGACAUCUUUAGCACCAAUUAUUGUUCACGUGAAAGUCUCAUCUCCAAAGGUUUUACAGCGGUUGAUUAAAUCUAGAGGAAAGUCCCAAAGCAAACACUUGAACGUUCAAUUGGUGGCAGCUGAUAAACUUGCACAAUGUCCCCCAGAAAUGUUUGAUGUCAUAUUGGAUGAAAAUCAGCUGGAGGAUGCAUGUGAACAUCUGGGAGAGUACCUCGAGGCGUACUGGCGUGCCACCCACACAACCAGCAGCACCCCCAUGACCCCACUGCUGGGGAGGAAUCUGGGCUCAACAGCACUGUCACCAUAUCCCACAGCAAUUUCUGGGUUACAGAGUCAGCGAAUGAGGCACAGCAACCACUCCACAGAGAACUCUCCAAUUGAAAGACGAAGUCUAAUGACCUCUGAUGAAAAUUAUCACAAUGAAAGGGCUCGGAAGAGUAGGAACCGCUUGUCUUCCAGUUCCCAACAUAGCCGAGAUCAUUACCCUCUGGUGGAAGAAGAUUACCCUGACUCAUACCAGGACACUUACAAACCCCAUAGGAACCGAGGAUCGCCUGGGGGAUAUAGCCAUGACUCCAGACAUAGGCUUUGAGUCUGACAAAACAAACACAAAAAAAUUCAUCUGUUGACAAUUUGCCAUAGCACUGCUAGGAUAAACCAGUCAUCUUACCUUGGCAAGCACAGCACAGUAUUCACUGUGCUUAUGGGCUGCUGUCAUUUGAUGCUAAUGGGCAAAACAAAUUUAAAAUGUACAUUAUGCCCUUGAAUCUAGAUGGAUAUUAGAUGCCCAAUCAUUUUUAAGUGCAAUCAUUUACAUAAUAACAAUACCUUUUGUUUUCUUCAUAGAUUUAGACACAUCAAUUUGUAAUUAGGGUACUUAUCAAGGCACAUAUAAAAUAAUUUCCCAUGCUGGAAAUUCCAAAUGACCAGUUCCAGUUGGAACCAAUUUAUAAACCAAUUCCUGUUGGAAUUUGGGUGAAUUGACUAGAAAGUCUACUUGAGCAUGUUGCAAUCAAUUGAAAAAAUCUGAAGGAAAAAAAAUACCACAUAAUUAUUAAGAAAAUCGAAAUACCAAUAGAAGCUAAAACCAGCUAUGAUAUUUACUUGCUGGAAGCUAAAUUUACACUUAAAGUUGGAUUGUAUAAACAUUUUAAUAUAUGUUAAUGUUGCCAGAGUGGUUUUUCAAACUUACCAAAUGUAUUGAUAGUGCCAAAAAAACUCAGAAAUCUUAAUGCAGAAAUCGUAUAGUUUCUCGGAUUUUAAUCUUUUUAUUUCUUCCCUGGCACAGCUGUCGUAUUCAAAGUGUCUUUGGUUUUUGUUUAGUCAGUCCAGUUAACUCAUUAGAAGUUGGC